AUUUUAUAUAAAAGCAAACAUUUUUAGGAGAUGAUGCGAAAGGCAUUUCAAAUAGAUAUAAAUAUUUACUAAUUUAAAAUGUUCUAUGAGCACAUUAUUUUGGCCAAGAAAGGCCCCCUAGCCAGGAUCUGGUUGGCAGCACAUUGGGACAAAAAAAUUACAAAGGCCCAUGUAUUUGAAACUAAUAUUGAAAAAUCAGUGGAAGGCAUUUUGCAACCUAAAGUAAAAUUAGCGUUGAGAACGUCUGGACAUUUAUUGCUAGGUGUUGUUCGCAUUUAUUCAAGAAAAGCGAAGUAUUUAUUAGCUGAUUGCAAUGAAGCCUUCGUCAAGAUUAAGAUGGCUUUUCGACCAGGCAUGGUCGACUUACCAGAAGGGCACAGAGAAGCUAAUGUUAAUGCAAUAACACUCCCAGAAGUUUUUCAUGACUUUGAUACAGCAUUGCCCGAAUUAAACGAUAUUGAUAUUGAGGCUCAGUUUUCUAUAAAUCAGUCUAGAGCUGACGAGAUAACAAUGAGAGAAGAUUACGGCAGCUUGUCUCUUUCCUUACAAGAUGACGGAUUUGGUGAUAUAGGCUUUGAAGCAGAAACGCCUGAAAUUAUACGAUGCUCUAUACCUUCAAAUAUCAAUGAUAAACUAUUUGAUAAUGACGUGUUGGAAAAUAUUGAGUCUCUGGAUCCACAUUCAUUGGACGCCCAUGCGGAUAUGCCUGGUUCUCGAUUGGAUGGUGAUGGGUUUGGAGAUUCUUUUGGACAACCAGCUCUUUUUGAAGACGAUCUUUUUGGUGAUCCUUCUCAGCCAGUUGAGCAGAUUACCAAAGAAUCUACUACUGUUCUCAACGCAGAUGAUUCUGAUGAAGACGCCAUUGACAAUAUUCAUAAUGUCCCUUCGCCUGCAACCUCGCUCGUUAAUUCGAUUGAAGAUGAGAAAGAGGAUAAUAAUUUGAAUGGAGAUGCAAGUGUAUCCGAAAAUGUGCCAAUAAAUGAAAUAACGCUUGUUCAAAACGAGGAUGAGGGAUUUGCGUUAGCUCCUUUAGAUGCCUCAAUGUAUAAAGGCGUAACAAAAGCCAAACGCAAAAGAAAACUUAUUAUCGACGAAAUAAAAAAUAUUUCUGGAGAAGAAAUGAAGGCACAGUUAGCCGAUACAUCUGAUAUAUUAACAACACUUGAUUUGGCCCCACCAACAAAAAGAUUAAUGUAUUGGAAAGAAACUGGAGGUGUCGAAAAACUUUUUUCAUUACCAUCGCGAUCCAUACCAGCUAGAGCUUUGUUUGGUAAUUACAAUAGACAGUUGUUUUCGCAUUCAACAUUCUUUGAGGACUUCUCAAGUGUUGUGCCAAUGGAAAUUCUUGCUCUGGAAUUUUAUACCAAAGAGAACGAGAACGCAUUAAUUAUUUUUAAUAAAAAAGGACGCAAACGUAAGAAUGAUAUUAUGUCCAAUUUGUUUUUGGACCAUGCCCCCGAUUCAGUUGUUCAAAGUUUGGAAGCUCCUGAAGUCCUGAGAGAGCAUCAUAAACCUCUAGGGGAGUCUACCGUUUCUGUGGAGAUUGUAUCAAAAGAACAAGAAAGCAUAUCUUGUCAAAAUGAAUUAACCUUUUUUGAUAAUAUGCGAAGUCCGGACCUCUUGUCCUUAAAUGAAAUGGAACAGUUCUCAUCGAUAAAUGAGCUACCUUUAACGCCAAGAAAUACGAAUCAUGAAAUGGGUGAUGAUUUUAAUCAAGGAGACUCAACGCCAGCUGGAUUGGAUCAUGGUCAUGCCACUCCGCAACAUGGAAAUAUUGGCGAGAUGGAUCACGACUCAGUUAUACCCACAGAAAAGACUACAGUCAUUUUAAAUGAAUCUGUGGGUACAUCUAUAUUGAGUGGCUAUUCAAAAAGGACAAAUAAUAUUUUAAAAGGAUGGGACAACUAUGAAAUUCCCAGUUUCGUUGGCCAAAAUCAUGGUGACGAACAAAUGGAAAAUGAAACCGAUGAGCAAUUUGAAGAACGUGUUUUAAACAAGAGAGCCGCCCACCUUUUCAUUGACGUAAGAUCACAUUUUAUCGCCAAGGACAGCUUGGAACUUUCUCAGCUUACGUCAGGAAAUUCUAGAAAACAGGCGGCUCAAAAAUUUUAUUCCCUCCUCGUAUUAAAGAAGUUUAAGGUGCUUCACAUUGAUCAAUCUGCUCCCUAUGCAGAUAUUACUAUAACUCGAGGACCAACGUUCGAAAACCCAAAAAUUUAAUGAGUUUAAUGUAAAUCUGUUUUAAUUUAUAUUGAUAAUUUAUUUUGAUCAUAAGUACAAAC